UUGAAACUGUUAAAGAGCUCACGUAGAGGUGGAGAGUCUCACCCCACUAUACUUCUGCAAAAUCUAAGGUUUCUCUUUCAUAGGCUUAAAAAUAAGUCUUGCCCUGCCCCACCUAGGCAGCUGUGACUAACUUGAAGAAGAGAAGCAAACCAAACAUUCUGAGCCUGCGACUGAUCAUCUGCCUCUGUUCAAAAUAGGAGCCCAACACAAACACCUGAAAACAUGGUGGUAGACCUUCUCAGGUACUUUCCUCUCCUAUUGCUGCUGGGUCUGUGGGAGCCGAUGUGUCUACUUUGUGUUCAGCCUAAGGGUCUCUCCAGGACGCGCUGGUUUGAAAUUCAGCACAUACAGACAAUCCCUCGGCCGUGCAACACAGCCAUGCGAGGCAUCAACAAUUAUACCCAACACUGUAAACAGAAAAACACCUUUCUGCAUGAAUCUUUCCAGAAUGUGGCUGCUACCUGCGGUUUGCACAAUAUCACCUGCAAGAACGGUCGGAAGAACUGCCACGAGAGUGCAAAGCCUGUCAAAAUGACUGACUGCUCACACACUAGAGGAGCCUAUCCUAACUGCCGCUACAGUAGUGAUGUCCAAUACAAAUUCUUCAUUGUGGCCUGUGAACACCCAAAGAAGGAAGACCCUCCCUACCAGCUGGUGCCUGUGCACUUAGAUAAGAUUGUGUAAGGCUAGCUCUUUUCUUCUGUUUGUCACGGGUUCUCUUAAAGUUUAUCCUACUUUGCCUUUUCCUCCCACAGAAAAGUGAAGGUAUUGGAAGAAUUAAGAUGCCUAAGCUAUCAAAAUGGAUUUUAAAAAAAAAAAAAGUGCAUGGGUUAUAAUGCAUGUAGCUCAGUAGAUGAGCACUUGCUUAGUGCACAGAGGUCCCUUGGCUCAAUCAUCACACUACACCCCCACCAAAAUAGAAAGAAAGUAGAUUAUUUCUGCUCUCGGGUUACCGUUGUUGAAGGAGGAAUAUAUGAAAAGUAUAACGAAGGAGCAAGCCUCUGAACAAUGUCCUGCAAUUUUUUGAGUCAAGCUUUAUUGUACUAUGCUCAUAGGGGGAAAAAAGCAUUUUCUUUUUUAAUAUAAUGAGUGUUAAUUUUGCUGGUUUGUUUGUUUGUUGUGUUUUGACAGGGUCUGAUUUGGUCAGGGUGGGCUCAACAUCACUAUGUAACUAAGAAUAGUUAUCAACUCUUAUUAAAUCAUUUUGUCUU